UGAUUCGAAAAACGUGAAUAUAUUGGCGUAACAAUCGCAUUUACUGUAACCUAUCGGGAGCAACUUCUCUUUUCUUGUUUCUCCGCGGUUCAAGCAUGAAAACAUAUCCACGGGAAACAAAGUUUUAAUAAUAAAUCUUGAUCUCUUACAUCUGUACAAUUAACAAUAAUUAUUCAAUAUGAGAAUCGUUUGCGCUGCAUUAAAUUGUAAAUAUUCCUCGGAAAAUGAAGAUUCGUCAAAUGUUAUUUUCAUUAAUUUUCCUAAUGAUGACACAGCCAAAGUAUGGGCGGAAUGUUGCGGUCGAUCGGAUUUAGCCACAAAAUCGAAUGCAGAAUUACAUUUAAAUUAUUACAUUUGUUCCCAUCAUAUUGAAGAUCGCUGUUACAUAAGCAAAACUGUGCCUAUUACCAUAGAAAAAAAAGAAGGUACUAUUCCUGCCUUAUUUAGGACCAACACAAGUACCGAUAAUGAGGAUUCAAUAAAUAUAUUUGAUAAAUCACAGCAUCUCCAAGAGGUAGAUGACAAUAUGCCUCUGACAUAUUGCAAUAUGAAUGUCGAGACAGAUGAAUAUCAUGAUAUCACUAUCAGAUUUACCAAUUUAUGCCGAAUCUGUGGUGAAUCCGCUUUAGAUGGGAUAGAUAUCUUUGCAGCCAAGGGUAUAGAGUUUAAAUUAAGAGAAAAAAUAAAUUUGCAUAUGCCUAUUUCAAUUGAUAUAGAAGACUCAAUGCCACACAAAAUGUGCAUUGAUUGUUACAACAAAUUGGAAAUUGCACACUCUUUAGUUGUUUCAUGUUUACGUACUGAUUUGCGGAUGAAAAGAUUCCUAAAUAUUGAAAGACAGUCAGAAUAUGAAAAUAAGUACAAUACAUUAAUUGAGGAAUGUUCAUUAGAGAUGGCUCAAGAGAUGUGUACAGACGAGAGUACGCAUACUUAUUCAUUUAUUACAAAUAAGAUAGUAAAUCCUUCAGAAACAAGUUUGAGAGAAUUAGAAAAUGGUGUACGUUCUGAAAUACAGAAUCAUAACUUUCAUAGCAUUGCAAAGAACAUUGUGCCAUCAGAAUUAAAUACUCUAAUCCAAACUUGUACAGAAGUUAACAGCAAGGCUAAUAAGACUAUCGUGGAAGAAAUAUCACAAAUUCAACAAGAUAAAAUCCAAGAUGAAAAUCAUAGCAUUUUUUGCUUGCAGUGCCAAACUUUGUGCGAUACACAGGAAAUAUUUGAGAAUCAUAAAAUAUUUUGUAGUAAAAAAGAGGAUAUUCCUAAACAUAUAACUAUACCUAGAACUGCAGAAAAUGAAAAGUAUAGGAAUGAGCAGGUUAGCUUUAAAGUAAAAAAUUCUCAAACAUUCAAUAAAGAAUAUGAAAACAAACAAAUUACUGAUAAAGCUAAAAUAUAUGAGUCAAUUUAUUGUACUGUUUGCAAUCAAGCAUUUAAAUGUCAGCAGGAUUAUGACAAUCACAAAUAUCUUCAUGAAAAUCUUAUCACUGAAAUGAAUAAAAGGUGUGGUCAUUGUAAAGAAGUUUAUCAUAAUAGAAAAGACUUGUUAAAUCAUAUCAUGGAAUCGCAUGAGGGGCGAUUAUUAUUUCAGUGCUCUACAUGCGAUAAGAUGUACGAAAAAUGGUCUAGCUUAGACAUUCAUGAAGCUACUCACAGAAUAGAUAAGCCAUAUCUUUGCGAUCUAUGUGGAAAAAGUUUUAAGCAUUCUAAUAAUUUGAGAGGUCAUAAAAGAAUUCAUUUGGAUGAAUCUAUAAAGAAAAGACACAUAUGUGAGGCCUGUGGUAAAGCAUUCAGAUCACGAUUUCAUUUGCGAGAACAUAUGAAUCAACAUGAUGACAACAGGCCCUAUUCUUGUGAACAGUGUGGGAAAGCCUUCUACAAAAGAAUUCAAUUACGCCAACACAAAUUAUCGCAUGGAUCCAAUAAGCAUGUAUGUCCUAUUUGUGAUGCGACAUUUAAUCGCAGAGGAAACAUGAAUACGCAUAUGAAACGACAUAAUGCGAUUGGAGUUUAUACAUGUAGUGUCUGCACCUACAAGUGCCAGUCUAUGAGCGAAUUAAAGAUACAUAGGAAAAAACAUACCGAGGAAGAAAUAGUAGAUAGCAUCAAAAAGAAAUGUAAUGACAAGGAGAUAUGGCGGUGUAAUAUUUGCAACAAGGUAUUCCCAAAGCGCACUGUUUUGAUCAAUCACGAACGGGUACACGGAAACGAUAAAUUAUACAGGUGCGACGAAUGCGGUAAAAAAUUAGCGAGUAAAAGCUCGUUGAUGUAUCACAAGAAAUCGAUGCAUCUGAGAGAGAGACCGCACAUGUGUCACUAUUGCGGAAAUUCGUUUGUUUCGAAAGAGGCGCGACUGAUCCACGAAAGGAUACACACAGGAGAACGUCCGUAUGUCUGCAAGGUGUGCAAUAUGCGAUAUAGAUGUUCCAGUAAUCUCAGCCAACAUAUGAAGAUCCACACAGGUCUCAAGCCGCACAAGUGCCAUUAUUGUAACAAAGGUUUUACGCGCAAAGGUGCGCUAAUUGUCCACGAGAGGAUUCACACGGGCGUUAAACCGUAUCCUUGCGAGACUUGUGGUAAAAGCUUUUCGCAAAAGAAUGAUAUGUUGAAGCACGCCAAGACGCACAAUGGCAAAUUAAUGCAAUGUAGCCAAUGCAACGAGAUCUUUAAACGGAAAAAAGAUAUAUUAAAGCAUAUCGCAGUGCAUAAACAAGAUAUUUCGGUGAUUUCAAACAAUGUCAAUUCGCCGUCAUACGUUUCUCGAGCUUAUGCCCGUACAAUUGCCUCUUCGGACAGAGAAAGAGAAAUUGAAUAAUUUCAAUUUUCUAAUAUAAAAUAAUAUUUUUGACUAAUAGUGCUGGUUUUAUCGGCAUAUGAAUUGAAAAGCUAUUGCCAAUAUCUUAAAAUGAGGAGAAUCUACGCCUCGAAAGUAUCAUCUAUGGAGUGUUUACAUGCAUAUAUAUAUAUUUUUCAACGUAUUAGAUUAUCCGAGGAGGCUGCACGUCCUUGUCCACGUUUCGAGAAAAAAAUCAUUAUAUUUGAUAGAGUCUGACUCUGAAAUUUUCGCAAGAAAUUAUAGUUUACUAAUGAGUUUCGUCGAUAUUUUUAUCCACAAUGUUUUUCAAGAAAGAAUGAAGAUCUUGUAAAUCAAUGUCUUUAGUGUAUGGUUAGUACUUUGUCUAGCUGAAAUGUGUAAGUAUUUGAAUAUUUAUAUCAUUCGUAUAUACGUUACUAGGUUUCCUGUAUUACUAUACUAAUGUGAUAUAAAACAGCGGAUAUAUAACGUAUAAAAUUAAUUUCCAUGUAUGAUUCUUUGCGAUGUAUCGAUAUUAUAAUAAUCACUUAUUUUGAGGGAUAAACUUAUGAGAUAAUAAUAAUUGUCUAAGCUGCUAAUUGGGAAUUGAAAGAUAAAGAUUAGGUGCAAUGAAAGUCAUUGUUAUAUAUAGAAUAAUACUCUUUAUUGUUUUUGAUAGUUCUUGUCGUUUUUCAUAUCGCACGUGCGCUGCAGUUUCUUUUUAUUCAACUUUUGUCAUUCAAUAUCCAGUUAAACGAUUCUCCAUUUUGACUGUCAGUUCUGCUGCUGCUGCUGCUGUUGUUGCUAAUAUGUUUUGGUAGAACAGUACGCGAUACACAACUCCACGAUUUUUUAGAACAAAGAGAAACGAAAAGAAAUGGCGACACGCCCGAUCACUCGCGAACACACGUGUGCCGUAUUAUUCGUCGACCGCAUAUAGGACUAGAGUAAUUGCGAUUUCCCACAUAUAACACGUUCUCUCUCUCCCACAUUUGCCGAUUAAUUUUUCUCAAUUCCUAAAUGAUCGAGGAGCACACGUGCUUUUGUGCGCAAGUACAAACGUGGAUCCGAUCGAGUCGCACGCGUCUUGUUCGUUCGAACAGCGGAUGACCGUCGCGGUGUCAUCGCUCAAAACUCGUCACGCGCUCGUUAACAAUUAUUUGUAUCAUUUUUUCUUUCCUCUUUUUUUUAACGCAGCGGCCUCGCAACGCCACGCUCCUCCUUACGUACGGUAUGACCGAGUGAUCGGCGCGUGGUCGUCGACGAUACAUAAUUACGCAUCUCUCAGAGUAAUAAUCUCCGCGAGCUCCGUUAAAACGCGCGCACCCGGCGCGCGCGUUGCGAGUGCACGGCGUCAGGGUCGAAUAACAAGGCGGACGAUGACUCGAAGAGAGUUUUCAUUCGAGAGCGCGCGAUAAUUUUCAGCGAGGUCUCCGAUUGCUCGAUUGCGUUCGCGGAUUCGUUAGCGCGAACUUGGCAAAGCCGGGCAAAAGCCGACACUAAAGGACAAUCAGCGCUGGAGAGAUCGCUCUCGAGCCUUCGUCGAGACCGACGACGGACAGAUAUCACGCUUCUGGAAAACGCUAUGCGAACCGAAUGACCUGAAAGUGCCGUGCAUUUGCCUGACGAUAUCACCUCGAUUCGCGGCCGCUUCUUUUUUUAUCCCAUAUUUUUUUCUUUCUCGUCUCUUUUAAAUUAAUUAACUCUGUCUCUCUCUGUAACUGUCAUCCUUCGCGCUACUAUUUACAAUGUACAACGUCGUGCAUCCUUCCAGCCCUAAUUUUUUACGACGGCGCAAGGAUCGGCAUGCCCGAUUGCUUCCCCAUCGACGAUUUCUCGUUCCUUUCGCCCGGAAUUUUUAUUCUUCGUUCACGAUUUUCUCAUGGUAAAGGAAGGAGGUUGAAGAAGAGACGAAAUUGGACGAGCUCGUAAUGAUAGCCCAGAACUUAAUGCGCGCGCGUAAUAAAUAAUUAAAUUUCAAUCAGACAAUAUAAUAAGUAGAAUAAUACAAAUAAUCGUAUAUAGUUUUGAGCUAUAACAUAAGCCCAAUAUUGAAAUAAAUUACGAACUUGACGCGAGUUAUCCAUGUUGAGAGAAAAAUAUCGCGAAUACCCUAUAACGCUUUUAAAUCUUUGAUCAUAUAAGAGUUUGUAAAUGUCUGUCGGGAAAAAUAGUUUCAGGAAAACUCAGGAGAACAAGAGAGCCCCAUCAUGUCGACAAAUACUACCGAACAGUAGUCAUGCGCGCAAGUAAAAACGAAUCUCGUCCGAAUAUCGCCGCGACGAUGAGGAAGAAUCGAUCGCGCGAACCCGUCGCCGUCUUAUAUUAUUUAUCAAGAUAAAUAUAUACAUACAUAUGUAUAUAUAAUAAUAAUAAUAAUAAUAAUAAUCUUAUACACAUAUACGCACACGUAUACGUGUACAUAUACACUUUUCUUUAUAAUAUAUAUAAUAUAUAUCUUAUUUAUAUAUAUAUAUAUUUUCUCAAUAUUAGACUUAUUAUAUCCUCUUUUCAUUUUUCACUUAAAACGCAUCUCGCAUUAUUUAUACUAUUUACAAACGCCUCCAUCCGUUGUCCCAUUAGAAAAGAAAGACAAAAUAAUAAUAAAAUGAGACGAUAAAAUCGUGUUAGAGUGUGUCGUACAUCAUAUGCACGUCGACGUGCCGAAGACUCGCGCGCGACCUUGUCGUUGGGUCUUAAUAGCCGUAACUUUCUCUUUCGACGGUUUUUAGGCACUUCACGAAACGCGCGUAUCCGAUGGCGAGCAAUGCGUCCGCGUGAUCGCAAAGAAUUUUAACGUAUCGAUGCCGGCAGCGCUCGUUCGCAUUUAUCCUUGUUAAGGAAGCCAAGAUUCCCGCGGAUACUUGACAGUUGCUAAUAAUUUCUUUCAGACUCAUAUCUGUGAAGGGUCUCGUAGACACACAAGCGGAUUUAGCCUUCCUCUAAGGAAGAAUCACAACUUCUUAUACCCUAUUACAGAUAGAAUAAUCAUAGACUAACUGAGAUAUAAUACCGAUAAAUGCAUUUGUUUCUUUUAUAUUAAGACUUUCUAUAUAU